AAAAAAAAAUAACCCAACUUGGAGUCCGCCCCAGACACCGAAACUGAAACCCCCAAUCCAGCCAAGUUUUGACGGAAUACCCGUCGUCUUGCGCAGCGUUUUCUCCCAAAUUCAAAAAUCCCUUAAAGAAUUAUAUAAAUCUAAACCCACCUCACUGCCUACUCUGAAUCAGAAAAAAAGAAUUAGGGCUAGGGUUUUGAACAAAGAUGAAAGCUUCUCUCAAGUUUCGCGAGGACCAGAAGCCGCUUCUCAGAGCCAAAGUCCCACUCAGCAUUUUAGGCUUGCCGUUCCAGUCCGGAAUUGUCGCCGGCGAGUCGAAGGAGCUCACGCUCAAUCUCGGCACCUUCUUCGAAUCCGGGCCGUCUUUUAAGAUCGCUUACCGCCCCAACGACACGUGGAACCCGUUCUCGCUCGUGGUCAAGACCGGGACGGGGCCCUAUGGCUCGCCCAUCUCGAGCUCCAUGCUGAUGAGCGCCGAGUUCAAUCUGAUUGGCCGAGGAAACCCUAGCUUUAUGCUGCACUUCAAGCCUCAAUUUGGGGAUUUCUCCGUUAAGAAAUCGCAGUCCUCGGUCUUCGAUAGGACGGCGGUUGUACCUCGGGAUGGCGUUGUUUCGGGGGACGAUGCGUCGAUUGAGGUGGUGGAGAACCCGGUAAUCAACGGCGCGUUCUACGGCAAGAAAAUUACGGCCUUGGCACCGGAUUGGCCGGCCGGAGCGAUAUCCAGCCUGUUCUCCGGGAUGGAGGUGGCGGCGAGGACGAACUUACCGGUGAGAAGCCGCGCCGUUGUUAACUUCCGGUGGGGGGUUAGGGUUCCAGCGGAAUCGAAGACGGGGGGUAAUAAUCAAACGGCCGGGAUUCCGUUCCAGAAGAUCCCCUUCUUGGUCAUGAACAAAAUCGGGAUCGAACACGUGGACGGAGGGGAUUCCAAGAAGACCACAUCCAAGGCGGGCCCGGAUUCGGCCCUCCCUGUCCCUGCUAAUGUUGACGUGGCGGAGGCCUGUUUUGGUGUUAAGCGUCAGCUGGAGGUCUUGCAAGCGGAUAAUGGGUUGUUGAAAAAUGCCGUGGAGGAUCUCCGGAGAGAAUUCGCCGCCGGCGCUAAAUCGUUCUCGCCGGUGGGAGAAUCGAGCCCCGGCAAAUACCGGGACGCUGAAAGAAAUGGAAAUAAAGGGUCAGGCGGCAAAUCGGACCGCCGAAACGGCGAGAAUGAGGAGCUGAAAAAGGCGUUGAUGGGCGCUACCGGUGCUUGAAUUCGUCGAAAUGGCAACUAAAAUUUUGUGAGUUUUGCUUCGUUGGUUCUGAAUAUUGUUAGUAUUUGUUUUUGUUUCUUUAGUCAUGUCGCAAGGGAGAAACUUGCAUAUGUAAAUUGUUAUUUCUUUUGGGCUUGCACUUUUAUAUCAUAUUAUUUAUAGAAAAAAAUGAUAAUAAUUUGAAGUUGUUUUA